ACCUUUCUCCUCUUCCCCCCCACUAUCUUUAUCCCCACCUCCUCUCUCUCUCUCUCUCUACUACUACUACUACUAACGUUUCUCCGAAGGGUUUCUUGGGCACCGAAAAUACGAAACCGAAAUUAAAAACUAAAAAGGGGCGAGUUUCGCCCAACCUUCCUCUCUCUUUGCCCAGCCCUCCUCUCUCUCUCUUUCUCCUUGUUAUCUCGAGAUCUCAGAAUAUAGAGAGACCCACCCAAUUUAUUUCCAGUGGUCUACUUCUACACUCCCUUUGCUUCUUCUCUCUUUUGGCUCCGUCCAAUCGCGUCCUUCGCUCUCUCCGUACCGUGUGGUGUUUGGUCUUGUCUCGAGAAUCUUCUUGCUAUCAAGUUUGUUCUUCUUGCUUGGUGUGUAUUUCCGAUGCAUGGUGCAGGAAACCCGGUGUCUGUUUUCCCCCUUCUGGCGAUGUUUCUGGGUUGCCGCCUGAUGUCUCCUUAGGUGGAAAAUCAAUUUAUGGAGCUAGGGUUCCUUGUGUGAUAACUUUGGCGUUAGGGUUUUUCAGGUUUUAGGUAAUACGUAUGGAGGGAUUUGGUGGUGCUGGUCUCUUUGAGAAAAACCAGAAAGAUUUCAAGGAAUUCCUUGGGGAUCCCUCAGAACAUGCCCACUUUGAUGCUUCCCAAUAUGCAUUUUUCGGUAAAGAUGUGACAGAAGAUAUUGAACUAGGCGGGCUAAAUGAGGAUGACAGUACACCAUUUACUGGCUUUGAUGAGGAAGAAUUUAGGUUUUCUUCGAUUGGAGAAAGAGAGGAGAUUGAAGGUUUGGAAACUCUUGCGGAGAUUGAUGAUCUCACUGCUACCUUUAUGAAGCUAAGCAGAAGAGGUAGUGAACGGAGGAGCUUAGAAAGCAUUGGAGAUCGUGGAUUCUUGUCUAGAGAAAGUUCAUCCACAACUGAUUGGACACAGGAGCCAGACAUUUCGUCUUGGUUAGAUCAACAUACUUUGGAAGCUGAUAGUACACGUACAAAGCGAUGGUGGUCCCAACCCCAUCCGCCCUCUGCUCAACUGACUGAACCCAAACAACAAUUGUACAGAACUUCAUCUUACCCCCAACAGCCAGAACAUUAUCCGCUUUCAGAACCCAUCCUUGUGCCCAAGUCGUCAUUCAGUUCGUAUCCUCCACCUGGAGCUCGUGGCCAUGCUUCACCUAGUCAAUCCCUGCUUUCCAGUAUGACAUCUCUUUCUCCAGGGCCUCCUGGACCGUUGUCUGGGUCAAGUUUCUCCUCAUUCCCUAGUCUUCAUUUGUCUGGGAGCCUUCCGCAGGGAUUACCUUACAGCGGUGGCACACCUCAGUUUAAUAUCUCUAGUCAUCCCUUCAACCAUAGAACUCAGCAAAAUCAUUGGAUGAACCAAGGUAGCAUGCUCUCAGAAAAUCAUCUGGCACUUUUACCUGGUGUAGUUCCUCAGCAGUUGCCAAGCAACGGAUUGAUGUCAUCACAGUUGCAGCAAAGACUGCAUCCAAUUCAACAAUCAAUGGCACAUUAUCCUCCCUUUCAUCAGCACAUGUUUAAUGCACAUUUGUCUCCUCCCCGUCAUGUGAUAAAUAAAUAUGAAAACAUACUCGGGAUGUCAGAUCUGAGAGAACAGAGGUAUAAAUCAUCUCAACGAGGGCGACAACAAGCAAGUAGCAUGCGAUUUUCACAACCAAGCUCUGAUUCAGGAAGCCAAAGAAGUGAUAGUGGAUAUUUGCACUUUCGCUCAAAGUACAUGUCUGCUGAGGAAAUUGAGAGCAUUCUCAGGAUGCAGCAUGCUGCUACUCACAGUAAUGAUCCUUAUGUGGAUGAUUACUACCAUCAAGCAUGCAUAGCAAAGAAGUCUGCUGGAUCACGACUCAAACACCAUUUUUGUCCUUCCAAUUUGAGGGAUGUGCCUUCACGUGGUCGGUCAACCUCCGAACUGCGUAAUUACCUUCCAGUUGAUGCUCUUGGACGCAUCCCAUUUUCCUCCAUCCGAAGACCCAGGCCGUUGCUUGAUGUAGACCCACCUUCAGCUUCAAGUGAUGGUAUCUUUGAUCAGAAGCCUACAGAAAAACCUCUCGAGCAAGAACCGAUGCUUGCAGCAAGGAUCAUGAUUGAAGAUGGCAUGUAUCUCCUCCUCGAUAUUGAUGAUAUUGACAGGCUUCUACAGUCCAGUCAGCCACAAGAUGGUGGUGUCCAACUUCGGCGUAGGCGGCAAGUUCUGUUAGAGGGCCUUGCUGCCUCUCUCCAACUGGUUGACCCACUUGGUUCUGGUAAAGGCAGCCAUCCAGUUAGUUUGGCGCGAAAAGAUGAUCUUGUGUUCUUGCGCUUAAUAUCUCUCCCCAAGGGCCGGAAGCUUCUUGCUAGGUAUCUCCAGCUUCUUGUCCCUGGUGGGGAGCUCACGCGAAUUGUUUCAAUGGCUAUUUUCCAGCAUCUGAGGUUUCUGUUUGGUGGCCUAGCCUUAGAUCCAAGUGCUGCAGAAACCACCAUUGCACUUGCUAAGACUGUUUCUACAUGUGUACACAGCAUGGAUCUCAAUGCCUUGAGUGCGUGCCUUGCUGCUGUUGCAUGUUCCUCGGAGCAACCGCCUCUACGACCACUUCGUAGUUCUGCUGGUGAUGGUGCUACUGUCAUCUUGAAAUCUGUUCUGGAGAGAGCUACAGAUCUCCUUACAAGCCCUCUUAUUGCUGCCACAUAUACUGUAUCCAACCGCACACUUUGGCAGGCUUCCUUUAAUGCUUUCUUUGAGUUGCUCACUAAGUACUGCCUAAGCAAGUACGACAGCAUCAUGCAUUCAUUGAUGAUACAGGCUGCGAGCACACCCAUUAUUGGGACUGAGGCAGCAAGAGCAAUAAGCAGAGAGAUGCCAAUUGAAUUGCUGAGGGCAAGCCUUCCUCACACGAAUGACCAUCAGCGCAAGUUGUUGUUGGACUUUGCACAGAGGUCAAUGCCAGUUUCUGGUUUCAAUUCACAUGGUAGUGGUGGGCACAUGAGCUCAGAAUCUGUACCAGGGUAAAAUUUUGAUGCUUCAAUGUCAUGGAAACGGUGUGAUGUGAUCUGGUCUUUUGACCAUCAAUCUGCUGUCAAGACAGCUUGGGCAACUUCUGAUUCAUGGGGGCAAGGAACUGAAGGUAUAAGUUAUAUCAAGGACCUUCCUUUCUUAUCUAUUUUCAGUUAAUUAAAACCUAUAAUACUGCAAUGUGUAAUAUCUUUAUGUUAUAAGCGAACAAAAGGAAUGAUUUGAGGCUGGUUGUCUUGGAAAAUCUUCAUGAAGAGCUGUAUUUUGAUGCUCUGAAUUUGAAACUGCAGACAAGUGAAACUAGGAACAGGAGAUGUACAGGGAUGCAGGGACCGGGCCCGAAUAGGAUGCCCUUCACUAUUAUUUUUUCUUUCUCAAUUAUUUUUUGGGAGAAAAUGGGAACUUACGAAAUAGAUUGAGGGUUAUUGAAGCAUCAUUCCUAUGUUUUUGACUGUGAUGUAAAUUGGAGUGCAACCAGUCCUCCUUGUAAUUGUUGGAGGGAGUUCAGCGCUCUGUACCACUUGACAGUAGAAAUUUUAAGAUGUUCUUUUUCCCUCUUUUUUCCUGGUAACCCAGUGUAGAGAUGGUCAGAUAUUCUCUGUUAUGAACUUGUGAUUGGUGAUGAUAGAACAAAAUCCUAUUUAGUGUUAAAA